CUGUUUUUGUGGCGUUGUAUGUAACUAUAUAUGACUUUGUAACAUAUUGCUGUAGUUGUCACUAUAGUGUGAAAGUCAACACGAGUAGCCAAAGUAAAACAACCAAUCAAAAUGAGGAUGUUGAUAGGGAGUAUACUAUUCAUUUUAUUGAAUGUCAUCACAGCCGAUGCUAGAAAAGAUAAAUGUGAAGGAAAACGCGACAUUGUUUUCCUCCUAGACAUGUCGGGAAGUGUAGGCAAGAGAAAUUUUCAAAUAAUGUUGAAUACUGUUGCCAGCAUAGCAGAUAAUUUUUACAUUGGACCAUUCAACACUCAAAUUGGAGUGGAUGUGUUUUCAUCUUCCGUCAAAACAGCAAUAAAGUUGAAGGACUAUAACAACAGAUACUAUCUUGAACGUGCCAUAAAAAGAAUUAAGUAUGAAGGAGGCAUGACCAAUACUUACCUUGGACUGAAUCAUGUUCGAUAUAAUAGCUUCUCAUAUGUAUAUGGACACCGAUAUCAUGCACCACGAAUUGCCAUUGUCCUUACUGACGGAAAAUCUCAGCAUAAAAGUAAAACUUUGAACGCAGCUAGGAACUUGAAGAAUGCUGGUGUCAAAAUAUUUUCUGUGGGGAUAGGCAGUGGUAUUGACUGGAGUGAAGUUCACGGUAUAGCAUCAACUGGUCGGAAAAGAGCUGUUUUUAGAGGAUGGUCCGCAAAGGUGCAGAAUUUUAAAGAAUUAUCGAAAACUUCAUUCAAACAUCAAAUUACGGAAGUUGCUUGUAGUGUUGGUUCCGUGAUAAAAACCCAUGAUAGAUUUGAUGGACUCAGAGUAAAUUAAAUCCAAAAAAAGAUUUUUACAUCUACCGGCUUCUGUAUGACGAGACACAAUUUUGUUUCUAAUACCAAAUAAAACCUGCAAUCAUU